AUGGCUCCCAGGAUAGGUGCUGAGGCCCCACUCGGAUCUGGGCCCUGUUUGGGGGUUGAAUGCCGAGCUGGCCACCCAACCUUAGUUCUGAUGCUCCUUGUCAGUGUCCUGGUGUCGUGGCUUGAGGCUGCUAAACUCACUGUGGGGUUCCAGGCCCCCUGGAACAUCUCCCAUCCAUUCAAUGUGCAGAGGCUGGGUGCCGGACUCCAGGUUGCCAUGGACAAGAUCAACUCUGAGCUGGCAGACUUUGGAAAUUUCAGCUGGGAGUUUACUUACACCAACUCAACCUGCAGCACCAAGGAGUCUCUUGCUCUUUUCAUCAACCAGGUCCAGAAAGAAGAAAUUUCUGCCCUGUUUGGACCAGCAUGCCCAGAAGCAGCAGAGGUUAUUGGUUUGCUGGCCCCCAUGUUUGACUCUGUUGGACAAACAGCAAAACUGGAGAACAACUUCUUGUAUGACACCUAUGUGAAACUUGUGCCACGCAUGCACAGAGUUGGUGAUGUGCUCCAGAAAAGCCUCCAGUACCUGGGCUGGAAACACACUGGGAUGUUUGGAGGUCACUCUGGGACUUCCUCCUGCGAGGGAGUGGAUGAGUUGUGGAGGGUUGUAGGGAAUGAACUCAAAUCCCAUUUCCCCAUCACCGCCAGCAUGAAAUACACCAACAACAAUCCAGCCUUCCUUCAAGAGCAUCUUAGAAGCCUGUCAUUGAUUUCCAGAGUUCUUAUCUUAAUCUGCAGCUCAGAAGAUGCAAAACUUAUCCUGCUGGCUGCAGAGAACCUGGGACUCCACACAGGAGAAUUCGUCUUUAUCAUUUUGCAGCAGCUGGAGGACAGUUUUUGGAAGGAGGUAUUGACAAAUCAGAAGGUGAUGCACUUUCCCUUAGUCUACAAGUCAGUGAUUCUCAUAGCCCUCAGCUCCUCGCGAGAAGGGCCGGGAGAUGAAGGCUUCCGAGAGCUGGUCCUCCGAAGGCUGCGGGGGCCGCCCUUCCACGGCCCCCUCCACAUGCUGGAGCAGGUGAGCCGUUACCCUGCUUACUUUCACGAUGCAGUCCUGCUGUAUGCUGAGGCCGUGAAGGAGAUGAUAACGGCCAGAAGGGAUUUCUGGGAUGGGCGGCAGCUCGUCAUCACUCUGAAAGGCUCCAGUCAGACUGCUUUGCCGGGAAUUACUAGCCCCGUGUUUGUGGACUCCCGAGGAGAAAGACGCAUGGAUUACUGGGUCUAUGCCCUACAGAAAUCCUCAGAUGGGUCCCUCUUUCUUCCUUUUCUUCAUUAUGACAGCUAUCAGGAAGUCAUCAGACCCAUGGGGAAUUUCUCCACGGUUCCCUUCCCGAAGACAGACGUGGCUGUGGAUUUGCCAAUGAGCUCUGUGAAACUGAGCCUGCUUUUGCAGAUCAGUGUGGCCACCUGGAGAAGGCAGCAGGAAAGGACUCUACAACAGGGCUUCUCAGCAGUGGCAACAGCAUCGAUGUUUAGGACGAGAUCAUCUUUCUGUACAUUGCCAGAUAUCCCCUGGAGAGGCAACGUCAUGGCCUCCCCUGUUGAGAACCUCUGCCCUGGGGAAACCUGGCUCCUGAGAUCUGAGUCUCAGGAAUUCCAUUUCUAUGGAGGUGUGACUGCUGUGAUUUUCACCGUAACCCUCCUGAUUACCAACCUGGGAGCUGUCAUCAUAGGUCUGAUUUUAAGGACACAGAGGGAAAAACUGCAGAGGCAAAAUAAAGGUCUUUGGUGGCAAAUCAAUUAUGAUGACAUCACCAUUCUGUCCCAGAACAAGCCAUCCCAGAGAGGCACACCUGUGUCGAGAGGGAACAGCAGUAACUCAUCUAGUGUGAUGAUUUCUGGGGACUUAAGCUCCUUUGUUGAGAACCAGCAGGGCAGAGAGCUAUUUUAUGCCCCAGUAGGGCUUUACCGGGGAAACCAUGUGGCCAUCUGUGAUGCUGGUAACCAAGCGCGAGCCCGGGUCAGGAAGCCGUCUGUGCUGCAGGAAAUCCGGCUGAUGUAUGAAUUAAGGCAUGAAAACUUUGUUCCCUUCUUUGGUAUUUGCGCAGAAUCACCCAACAUCUGCAUUGUCACCCAAUAUUGCAAAAGAGGAAGUCUUAAGGAUGUUUUGAGAAACUCAGGCAAUGAAAUUGAUUAGAUAUUCAAGCUCUCAUUUGCAUAUGACAGAGUCAACGGCUUGCUGUUCCUCCACAGGAGCCCACUGGGAUCCCUUGGCAACCUGAAGCCUUCCAGCUGCCUGGUGGACAGACGGAUGCAGGUGAAGCUGUCAGGAUUUGGGCUGAGGGAACUCAAAUAUGGCCGGACAUACAGAAGAUACAACGAGAGAACGACGGACCGCUCGGAAAAAAGGAGCGGCUUUUCCAGUUCCACCCGGCAGCUGACAUCCUCGGCUUCGCAGAGCUCUGCUGGACGGCUCCCAGAGGUGCCCCUUUCAGGCACCCUGAAGGGAGACGUUUACAGCUUUGCCAUCCUGAUGAGGGAGCUGAUCCACCACCAGGACCACGAACAUUUUGAUGAUCUAAACCUGGCACCAGAGGAAAUCAGCAGCCAAAUCAAGGAGCCCAGGGCGUCAGCGCCGCUUCGACCUUCCCUGUCAGAGAAGGGAAAUGAAAAGAUGGUGGUCAUGGUGAAGGCAUGUUGGGGUGAAUCUCCAGAGAAAAGGCCCACUUUCCCUUCCAUCAGGAAAACGUUAUGGGGGCUUCCCUGGUGGCGCAGUGCCAGUCCCGGAGGCGGCGUGAAUGUACUGAACAGUAUGGUGAGCAAGCUGAGAGUGUACCCCAAUCACCUGGAGGAGGGGGUGGAAGAGAGGACCAACUAGCUGAUGGCCGAGAAGAGGAAAGUGGAUCAACUGCUGUGUACAAUGCUGCCCAGCUUCAUUGGAGAACAGCUCAUAGCUGGAAGAGCCGUGGAACCAGAGCAUUUUCAGUCCAUGACAAUCUUUUUCUCUGACAUUGUCGGAUUCACGAAACUCUGUUCUCUCAGCUCCCCGCUGCAACUUGUGCAGCUCCUUAAGGACCUGUACAGUUUAUUUGAUCACAUCAUUAAAACUUAUGAUGUGUAUAAGGUUGAAACCAUUGGAGAUGCAUACAUGGUGGCUAGUGGACUUCCCAGCCGGAAUGGUACCCAACACGUGGACGAGAUUGCCACGACGUCCUUGCACUUCCUCAGUGCCACCAUCCGCUUCCCGAUUGGGCACAUGCCUGAGGAGAAGGUUAAGCUCUGGACUGGCCUCCACACCGGUCCCAUGGUGGCUGGCGUGGUAGGAAUCACCAGGCCCAGAUACUGUCUGUUUGGAGACUCUGUGAACAUGGCCUCCAGAAUGGAAAGUAGCAGUUUGCCUCUCCGGAUUCAGGUCUCUCAGAGUACUGCAGGCGCCCUGCUGGCGUUGGGAGGGUGUGAUUUGCAGGAGAAAAAGAGAGGCACCAUUCCAGUCAAGGGCAAAGGAGAGCAAACAACCUUCUGGUUGAAGGGCAAAGGCUUCACGAUCCCACUCCCCGACUUUACUGAGGAUGAAGCUAAAAUCCCAGAGAUCUUCUGA